UUACUCGCUACGAUACCAAACUGACUGCACGCAAGAGGAAAAGCAGAGUCUCCAAGAUGCCCGCGAGUCGCGAGUAACUGGCUCCACAACCACUUCCCCACCACGAGUUUUGUUCGCAAAAUAAAAUGCUUCGAAUAUCUUCAGUCGAAUGAGUUUAACAACAUUUGAAAAUGAAUCAGACGGCAUGUUCUGGAAUUUUCUUUUCUUCUCUUCCUUUUGGAAUUUAUUCAGCGAAUAAAACGAGCUUCUUUUCACAACGUUGGCUGACAGCCAGUGAAAGCGAAACGAAAGGACUUAUAUCGUUUGUACAUAGUAUAUCCAAGUUGAUAUAAUUUAAGGGUCAAAUAAUACAAAAAUAAUCAAUAGACCUAUCACGAAACUCGUCGGAGAGAAUUAAACGAUGUCGACUCGUGAUGUAUGAUUUAAUCUUUCCUAUCGAAAACGAAAUCAGAAUGCUUCUUGUGUUUCUCAUUAUGAAAAUACUACCGAAACGACAGUUUUCCUGGAUUCAUCAAUCACUCAAGUACCAACCCUCACCGAUAGCACCUCGUUGAAGAUGUUAGAAGACAUUACGGCUAAAGUUUGGAGAAUCUUACCUGUGACCAAUAUACCUCGAAAUUGGGUGCUUGCAUAUUGUAUGAGAUACACCGAGAUCUCUGAAGAUGUUGAAAAAGCAAAAAUCCGAUGCCAAUACGGUGGACUAGAUUGGGAUUGCACGUUCAUCGAAUUGGGUGGAGGACAAGAUGAUUUCAACAUUGGAAAAAUCGUUUCAUUAUUUCACAAUCUUUCCAACAACGAGUUGAGAUUGAAAUUGCUUCGUGCGGCCGAAAUUUGUGGAAAACUCUGGCAGAAAUACAAACAAAAUCAAAAUAAGAGAUUAAUUCGCAUGAGAUUAAACGUUCGCGUGAAGAACAGAGAAAAGAGAUUCUCGAAAAACUAUAAAGAUUCACAAGCUUCGAGGAAAAGAAAGAAAAGUUUGAAAAGAAAAAAGAAAAAUGAACGCGAUGAGGAAAUAAAGAAAAAGAGACGAGCUGCCAAAAAAGUACAAGCCAUUCGAAAGAAUUUGUCGAACAAAAUUACAGAACUUGAAAAUAAAAAAACUUUAAGUCCGAAGGAAGAAGUCGAGCUUAAUCGAUUGCGUUUAACUGUGGCGAAAAAACCUGCCAAAACCUUAGAAGAAUAUCCCCUAAUAGAAGAUCGAGCAGAAUUAUCUCGCCUUCAAGAAAUAGGCUUAUGCUUGACACAACAGGCUGCAAAAGCUUGUGAAUUCGUUGUAUUAGAUGCAAUCCAAAAAUUAAUAUAAUAAAACCUCGUGUCUUCGUUUUUAAUUAAAAAUCUUAAAAUUGUUUUCAUCGCAUAAAUAGAAUAACUUUAAAAAAACGACAGAUGAAACUAAACAAUCAGAAUCACUUAACGUGUUGACUGCUACGAUGAUCAC